AUGUCCGUGAGCGAGAAUGCCGACUCCCAAGAAGAAGACGAAAGCAGGUCAUUCAACAAGAAAGACUUCAAACUUCUGUUGACGAUGCUAUUGUUUUUCCUUGUAUCGUCAUGCUUGUACCUGUUGGAUGCAGAAGAAGCUGAAACCGAAAGAGUAGAACUUGUGGUACAGAAGCCAGAAAAUAUGACUGAAUCUUCGACGGUACAAGCUCUCGCUCCAGCUGAGACUCCCACAUCCGAACAGAGCACGGCAUCCAAAUACGGCACAGUGUCAUCGCAUGGAGGUGGGGGUUUUGACAAGGGCUGCAGUGAUAUUUGCACCAAAAGGGAAGCUAGCCGAAAGGAAAAGUUUGGUGGAGACUUGCUGGACUUUCGAGAUAUUGUAAAAUUGGCGGAAGCAGGCCAUGAAAAGGUGAUAUCCACCCUACGACACGAUUAUGGGGAAUAUUUCGAUCGCAUGUUUAUAAACAAAGGUAACGGAACGCACUAUUUUGGAAUGAGACCAGCUGAUCUACAGGGUCCUUCAAAAGAGCGAAUGAAGCGAAAAAUGAAGAUUAAGGUACUGAAGAUGAUGGCGUCGGUCCGAACAUCGGAGAGCAACUUGCAUGGUUGCGAUUGCGUCGAAAAGGCGGGCUCGGUCAAUUCGCGAGUCGAUGAAGGUAUCUCGACCGACAUUCCAGAUUUCUACGAGAAAUAUGUAUUCGCCAAUGGAGGGCAUUCGAACGCUGCGGGGCACGGUAAUAAGUAUAGCGAGUCAUAUACUGCUGUGUUUGGCAGAGAUGUCCGCCCAGUCUGGGAAGCAAUAGGAAUCGAAAUGAUCGAUCGGAACCAUGCCAUGGGGGGACUAGCUUCAAAUCCAUACCAUAGCACUUGCGUCAAGGAAGUAUUCGGGACGGAUGUAGAUUUUCUCGCUUGGAAUUAUGGCAUGACGGAUUCGAAACCGUAUUCUGCUGCUCACUUUAUUUACCGUGGAGCCUUGAUUCCAAGCCGUCCUGCGUUUGUUUUUGUGGACUGGGUAAAAGGAGCCAAUCUGGGAAGAUCAUUUGUUGAAUUUGGUUUGGCCAUGUUUCGUUCGAGGCUGGAUGGGAACCCAGUCUCGCAGUUGCCCGAUAUGACACCGGACGAGAUACCUAUAUCGAAUGAGCAAGCUCAGAAAAUACCAGACAUGGCUCGGAAUCUAAAGUGCAACAAAAGGUUGGAAGGGAAGGACUUGUGUUUUGGAAGCAAAUGGAGUUGUACAGAGAAGAUGCAAGCAGCUGGUAUUGAUUGCAUUUGCCCUCACAUUGGGAAACGAAAUAGCUGGCACAUGGGAUAUAGAGCGCAUGCAUUACAGGGCCACCUAUUAGCUCUUCCCUUCAUAGAGAUGUUAUUGGAGGCACUGAGAGAACUAGCUGCUACCCCGACUACUGAUUCAGAAGCUUUACUGGCUGAUUUGCAAAAGGAAGAAGAUGCUGACUUCAGACUGUUCAUGGAAAGUCCGCUUCUUGAUCUGCUUUCAACUGCGUAUGAAACACUGGGAGAAAAGACUGAUCCACUGUAUGAGACAUGGUUUCGGGGCCACAGUAUAUGCCGCACUUCCUACCUGCCGUGCCAAUCUCGCUUUCUUGGUAUUAUGACCGAAAGUGGGAAGACUGGUGACAUUGCAAUGUAUACCCACGAGACCUAUGACACUGGAGACGUUCAUGCAAAAGGCAUUGCACGUGAUGUAAACGGAUUCUUCCCUCUAGUAGACGACACCGAACCACCUGCUGGCAAGUUCUUACUCCUUGCAAACGAUGCUGAACGUUCUGGCUUUGGGGAUGUCAAGAAACAUGAAGCAGAGUGUCCAGCGAUUGUCAUGCCAGACUACAUCGACAAAUUCUGGGCGCCCCUUUUGGAUGGGAAAGCCUCCAUCACGGUUCCAAACAAAAAGGAGAAGGAGCAUUAUGGAUACGAUCCAAAACUAUUCAAGGGUGUCAUUGCAUUUAUCUUGCCUCUCUGGUCAUUUAAAUGCAAGGGGUGCCAGCACUCAUAUGACUUGAAUACUGAUGACUUCUUGGAACGAAAUGUUACCAUGGUCGUGAACUCCAAACCUGUCAAAAGUGUUCGAGUAGUGAGCGGAAAGGUCGUCAUCUUGCAAGGGGACAACGACAACCCGUUUUGGGAACCUGAUCUUGAAACAGAGGACUAUACGAUUGAAUUCCAGGUGGCUCCAGGUGCAACCCAAUAUAAUUUGCUCCUGACUCAUUUCAUUUUGAUGUAA